UUUUCGUUCAGAGUGACCACUGCUUACAACAAUUCCUCACAUCCUAACCUUCACCAACACAUACAAAUGGCAACAGCGUUGAAAUUCAUUUCCCAAUACUUGAAGGGUUCUCAGGACGUCCCUGAGGAAGUUUUGGAGCUUCCAGUUUCUCAUGUUUUGCAAGCAGCUUCCGAAACGAAUGCUGCUUUGUUGGGUUCCAACGAAUUUGAAAAAGCCCAAAUCCUUGAGUGGACUACCAAGGUCUUCUCUCCCAUCGUCGAGUCCCAUGAUCUUCUGGAGCAAGUUAACGAGCUUGUUCGCUCCACAACUUUUGUUGGUCAAGAUGUUGAUUUCACUCUUGCUGACUUGCUGUUGUAUGCCCGUCUUCACGAAACCGUUGCCAGUCUGUCGGCCAAGGAGGGUUACAAGUUGAACAACGUCUGCAGAUGGUUUGACUUUAUUCAACAUCAAGAGUCCGUUGUCGCCGCAGCCACCGCUGUUGGCCUCGACACUGUGGAAAUUGACUUGAACGCUCCCAAGAUUCAACGCCCCGCCAUUGUCAAGAAGGACAAGAAGGACAAGAAGGGUGCCAAGGAGCCUGCUGCUGCUGGUAAGGCUGGUGAAAAGAAGGAGAAGAAGGAGAAGAAGGAGAAGAAACCUCAGAGUGAAGGUGGUGCCAAGAAUGGUGAAAACAAGGCAAACAAGAAGAAGGAAAAGAAGGAGAAGAAGGCCAAGGAACCCAAAAAGCCAAAGGAGGCUGCUGCUCCUGAGCCCCCUGUUCCCUCUAUGAUUGACCUCCGUGUUGGAUUCAUUGAGAAGGCUAUCAAGCAUCCUAACGCUGACAGUUUGUACGUCUCCACCAUUCACUGCGGUGAUGCCGAGGGACCCCGUACCGUUUGCAGUGGUUUGGUUAGAUAUGUUCCUUUGGAGGAAAUGCAACAACGCAAGGUGGUUGUUGUUGCCAAUCUUAAGCCCGUCAACAUGCGUAGUGUCAAGUCUCAAGCCAUGGUCUUGUGCGCCUCUACACCAGACCACUCUAAGGUUGAGUUUGUCUUGCCUCCUGAGGGUGCUGAGGCUGGCGACCGUCUUGUGUUCGAAGGUUUCGAGGACCGUGAGCCUGAGAAGCAAUUGAACCCUAAAAAGAAAAUCUUCGAAGCUGUUCAACCUCACUUCACUAGUGGUAACGACUUGGUCUGUGGUUACAAUGACGAGGCUGGUCUCCACAAGCUCUUCGUUAAGGGUAAGAAGGAACUUGGUUUCUGCAAGGCUCAAACCAUCCUUAACGGUUCUUUGAACUAGACGAAGUUUGAUAUCCAGGCAUACAAUUUUGUAGAAUUAACCGUGACUCAAUAUUUCGAAAAGCCACGUUAAUAAAAACCUAAUUCAAAGAAAAGUCUGUCACACACUCCAGAUAGCCUUUCCUUCAAUUGCUUUUCUUCGUAUUUAAUGUGUGGACCCGUUUUUGGUGGUGAGU